AUGUCUUCAGAAGACUCAAAAUUUAAUGCCGAUUCUGGGUCGCGUCAUGGUUCUGGUUCCGGCUCAGACAUAAAACUUCCUCCAAUAUCUUUUCUAUCCGGGCAUGGAAGACAACAUAACAAAUUACCUUCAGCUUCAAAUAUGGGUAUAUCUUCGUAUUUGUCACAUCCUGGUAGUAACUACUCAAGUCAAUCGCCAGAUUCUAAUGAUGAACGUGCUAACAAAAGGGCCAAAUUGGAAGAUACUGAUGCGGAACUGCACUCUCAAGACAAUAAUCUUCAAAAGUCGGCAUUGCUAGGUCUUUAUAAUGCAGCUAAGCUGUCUCCAAAUGUGGCAUUUACUCCAACUAACGAAACGCAAGUCCAGGAUAGAGCUGCUGGUCAACAUUCUCAUGGGUCCCCCAAUUCAUUCAAUCAUUCACAUAAUAAUCAAGCACACAAUACUCAAUCCGCUAUUCCACAUACCCAUACAAAUCCCCAUCAUCACCACCAUCACCACCAUCAUCAUCAUAUACAUCGCAAUUCACCUGGUGAAUCGUCACCAAAUGGCAUUCCAAAUUUACAUGAUGGAAGUCAUGUCCACCUUGUAGCACGAGAUGAAAAUGAAACACCAGUAGCCGAACGAAGAGACGUAGCUCACAACACAGAAAGCCGUGUGGACCCGCCCCGUUCAGACGAAAUUAAGAGUGAGAAUAACAAUACAGAGAAGUUAGAUUUGAGCCCAGCAAACGAUGAGGCUGAAGAGGAAGUACCGAACAGCGAAAAGAAUCAACCAGAACAAGAUCAAGAUCAAACAAAUGAUUCCCAACUAGCUAAUGAUAUUACUGAGACCAGUGAGAAUGCUGUAGUUGAAACAUCGCCAAAUGGUUCACUAAGUCAAAAAUCACAACGAAUUACCAUUGAGAAGUCGCAAUUACUUGAAAUCUUGAAAGAGCUUUUCCCUACUCGUCAUAACUUAGGUACUCUAGUAUACAAUCCAACUACUACCUGGUCAACGUUACAAACAGCACAGUUGACAGGAUUAAAGCCUGAACAUCAUGAGCGCUUUCAACAGCUAAAGGAAGAUUAUGAGGAUAAACUCAAUGAAGAAUAUUUCAGAAAUAACUUCAAAUAUAUACCUAUGAUUCCACCGCUUGCCAACGAUUACAUCAAUUAUUUGCUUGAAAUUAAGAUUCCUUACAAGUUUAUUAAAUUAUUCAAGGAAGAUCUAGAUGACGACAAUAUUCCACUCAAGCGUCAAAUAUGGGGUGGUGCUAGUGCUGUAUACACUGACGAUUCUGAUAUAUUGUUAGUUCUCGCUCAUUUAGGUCUUUUUAACGGAAAGAUAGAUUUGACCGAAUGGAAUGAAAAAUGGACUUCCGAUGAUAUCAUAACUCCGCUUGAUGCUAAGAACGAUCCGAACGAGAUACACGGCGACUUGUCUGUGACAAUUUUGUUGUUACCUUCGUUACCGGAUUAUCAUGGUUAUUAUGCAAACGGUAUUAAUUCGAGGCUGUGGAUCCGUUACAAUAAGCAUAAUGGUUUGUCGUAUGCGGUCUAUAAUGUCAAGUGGGAAGGUUAUGGGAGCUAUUUGCGUGAUAAGACAUUAUUUAAAAGGUAUCAAACCGAAUUAUAUGAUGAUAUGGAGACAACUAAAGAGGAAUUAUCAUCUAAGAAUGGCUGGAGUUUCAAUUUUGCGUAUUACAAAAAGCUCAAGCAUAAAUUCGAAACAUUGGAUAAUCAGAAUCCUGAAAGGAGUCUUAAGGAUUCGACUAUCACCUACAAUAGUUAA